AUGGCCUCCCACGCAGCUCUAGCUUAUUCAAGAAUCCCAGCCAACACCAGGCUUCCCUGCAAGACCUCCCACUCUUUUCCCGCUCAAUGCUUCUCCAAGAGGCUGGAAGUUGCUGAAUUCUCUGGCUUGAGAUCCAGUUCAUGUUUGACCUAUGCAACCAAUGGUAGAGAGGCAUCAUUCUUUGAUGCUGUGGCUGCUCAACUCACUCCCAAGACUUCAGGAUCAGCUCCUGUUAAGGGAGAGACGGUGGCCAAAUUGAAGGUGGCUAUCAACGGAUUUGGACGGAUUGGCAGGAACUUUCUCCGAUGCUGGCAUGGCCGGAAGGAUUCACCCCUUGAGGUCAUUGUUGUCAAUGACAGUGGUGGAGUCAAGAAUGCUUCCCACUUGCUGAAAUAUGAUUCUAUGCUGGGUACUUUCAAAGCAGAUAUAAAAGUAGUUGACAAUGAAACUAUCAGUGUUGAUGGUAAGCCUGUCAAGGUUGUCUCUAACAGAGAUCCCCUGAAGCUUCCAUGGGCUGAGAUGGGCAUUGACAUUGUUAUUGAGGGAACAGGAGUUUUUGUGGAUGGCCCUGGGGCUGGUAAACACAUCCAAGCUGGUGCUAAGAAAGUUAUCAUUACAGCUCCAGCAAAAGGUGCCGAUAUUCCUACCUAUGUUGUAGGAGUAAAUGAAAAAGAUUAUGGCCAUAGCGUUGCAGACAUUGUGAGCAACGCUUCCUGCACCACAAAUUGUCUGGCUCCUUUUGUGAAGGUCCUCGAUGAAGAAUUCGGUAUUGUCAAGGGAACCAUGACAACUACUCAUUCCUACACUGGAGACCAGAGACUGUUGGAUGCUUCACACAGGGACUUGAGGAGAGCACGGGCAGCAGCACUGAACAUAGUGCCCACAAGCACUGGUGCAGCCAAGGCAGUGUCUCUAGUGCUGCCUCAGCUCAAAGGCAAGCUCAAUGGCAUUGCCCUCCGUGUGCCAACACCUAACGUGUCAGUAGUCGACCUUGUUAUUAAUGUUGCAAAGAAGGGCAUUACAGCAGAAGAUGUCAAUGGAGCCUUCAGAAAGGCAGCUGAUGGGCCACUGAAGGGCAUAUUGGCAGUGUGUGAUGUUCCUCUUGUGUCUGUAGACUUCAGGUGCACCGAUGUUUCCUCCACCAUUGACUCUUCCUUGACUAUGGUCAUGGGUGAUGAUAUGGUCAAGGUUGUGGCCUGGUACGACAACGAAUGGGGAUACAGCCAAAGGGUUGUGGAUUUGGCACAUUUGGUUGCAAGCAAGUGGCCAGGGACACCAGUAGUGGGAAGCGGAGACCCGUUGGAGGAUUUCUGCAAGGAUAACCCUGCUGAUGAAGAGUGCAAAGUCUAUGAAGCUUAGACUGAUGUAUAUUUUUGGCUAGCUGUAUAGGAGCCAGGGCUUAGCUCUAUUUGUUAUCAGCAAAUGCUUAUUUUGUAAUCAGGACUGAGGCAAAUAAAUUUGUUAUUUAUUGGUGAGAA